GUCUAGGAAGCGGCAGCCGCGGGUCACCCAGCUCGGAGCAGCCGCCGAGCCUCGGCCAGACCACAGCGUUUAGGGCUCGGGCACCGGCAAGAUGUCUCUGUUCACUGCAAACCCCUUCGAGCAAGACGUGGAAUAAGAAAAGAACAAAGACAAGAAAUGAAUAGAUGGACCCGUGAACAGAAUGAAAUCCGAAUGAAAUUACAUCUAGUUUCCCCUGGAAGUCAACUGUGAAGCACUAAGCAGAAAAAGCCACAAAUGAGUACAACACUACAGAAGAUUGGAGUCUUAUUAUGGACAUAUGUGACAAAGUUGGGAGCACUCCUAAUGGAGCAAAAGAUUGCCUAAAAGCCAUAAUGAAAAGGGUAAAUCAUAAGGUUCCUCAUGUUGCUCUGCAGGCGUUAACUCUUCUUGGGGCUUGUGUGGCAAACUGUGGAAAGAUAUUUCAUUUAGAAGUAUGUUCCCGUGAUUUUGCAACAGAAGUACGUGCUGUGAUAAAAAAUAAGGCUCAUCCUAAAGUGUGUGAAAAACUGAAAUCUUUAAUGGUGGAGUGGUCAGAAGAAUUUCAGAAGGAUCCUCAGUUUAGUCUAAUAUCUGCAACUAUUAAAUCUAUGAAAGAAGAAGGAAUUACUUUUCCUCCAGCAGGUUCUCAGACUGUCUCAGCUGCUGCCAAGAAUGGUACAUCAUCGAACAAAAACAAAGAAGAUGAAGACAUAGCUAAAGCUAUUGAAUUAUCAUUACAAGAGCAGAAGCAGCAGCACACAGAAACGAAAUCCUUAUAUCCAUCUGCAGAAAUUCAGUUAAAUAAUAAAGUUGCAAGGAAAGUGAGAGCUUUAUACGAUUUUGAAGCCGUUGAGGACAAUGAACUUACUUUUAAACACGGUGAAAUUAUUAUUGUUUUGGAUGACAGUGAUGCCAAUUGGUGGAAAGGAGAAAAUCACAGAGGAACAGGACUCUUCCCAUCUAAUUUUGUAACAACUAAUUUAAACAUAGAGUCUGAGGCAGCAGCUGUGGACAAAUUGAAUGUAAUUGAUGAGGAGGAGGAGGAAAUUAAGAAAUCAGAGCCUGAGCCUGUUUAUAUAGAUGAGGAUAAGAUGGAUAGAGCCCUGCAGGUACUCCAGAGUAUAGAUCCAACAGAUUCAAAACCAGACUCCCAAGACCUCUUGGAUUUAGAAGAUAUCUGCCAACAGAUGGGUCCAAUGAUAGAUGAAAAACUUGAAGAGAUUGAUCGGAAGCAUUCAGAAUUGUCUGAAUUGAAUGUAAAAGUCUUGGAAGCCCUGGAACUAUAUAACAGGUUGGUGAAUGAAGCACCAGUAUAUCCAGUCUAUUCAAAGCUCCAUCCUCCAGCACAUUACCCACCUUCAUCAGCUGGGGUUCCAAUGCAGACAUACCCAGUUCAAUCGCAUGGUGGAAACUAUAUGGGUCAAAGCCUUCACCAAGUCACUGUGGCCCAAAGCUACAGCCUAGGACCAGAUCAGAUUGGUCCACUGAGAUCUCUGCCUCCAAAUGUAAAUUCCUCAGUGACAACACAGCCUGCACAGACUCCAUAUUUAAGCGCUGGACAAGACACUGUUUCCAACCCUACUUACAUGAACCAGAACUCUAACCUUCAAUCAGCUGCUGGUACAGCUGCUUACACGCAGCAGAUGGGGAUGUCUGUGGAUAUGUCAUCGUACCGGAACGCUACUUCCAAUUUGCCGCAACUGGCAGGCUUUCCGGUGGCGGCUCCCGCUCAUUCAGUUGCACAGCAGCAAACAAAUUACCAUCAGCAGCCUCUUCUUUAGAACAAAGCAAGCAUUUUCUCCAAAGCCUUCAUAUGUGUGUUACUUGACCCCAGUGAUUCAAAUCUGAAAAUAUUUAAAAAAUAGUUUUUCUCAACUCAAAAGAACCAUGAAUAAGUAAAGCACAAAAACUUACCUUACUCUGCUAGGCCAUGAAAGGAUUUUUUCAGCCCAAUUUGUUUGAAGUCAACUUUUGAUGAGAGGCAGCUUCAGGUAGCUUCCAGUUAAUCCUGUCUUCCUUUCAGAUCUCUCUACACAAAUCUGGACACCCAAUCAGUAGCCUUAUGACACUAAACAGCAGGAGAUAAAAUUUUACUUUAAAGAAACCAUUAAUCCUUAAAAUGUCAUGAUAAUUGGGAGCGCACUCAAACCUUUGAAUAUUUUUUUUGUCUGCAUGUUUUUUCAGUAUUCCCCACAAACCAUUAUUUUAAAAGGCGAACUUCCUUUUGGGUGAGCAUUUAGCUUGCCAACAUAUUUCCCUUGGCUCCUUAAAUUGCGGUUCUGUUUGCAGUCCUGUCAGUUUUGCUCUCCGGUUAUGUUGAAUAAUAAUUAGCAUAUAAUUGUCGACAGAAGCAAGAGCAGUUUGGAAGGAACAAAGAUGUUUUCUGUAGUUAACAGUGAAGACCAUAUAAAUGCAGAUAUAUGAUAAAGCAUUUAGCUAGUCCCCAGUCCUGCCAGCAGUGAGCUGAGGAAUGCCCCAUUCCCUGCAGAUAAACAUUUCUUUUCUAACAAGGCUCCCUUGUACUUAGAAUUGCCACUAAUGACCUUUUAAAGUGACGUUGGCCAUCCUCUAAUAAGUGUGGUGUGUGCAGAGAUGCUGCAUUUUCUUUUUACGGAUUACAUGUGAAUUUGAGCCAUGAGACAUUCCUAGUAAUUUGAUGUGCUAUAUCCCAAGCAUGAAUAAUAAGUGUUCUUAUUGCUGUGUUGUUUCUUUAAAGAGGCAAUUGAAGUACCAUUGCUAUGCCAGGCUGUUGAAAAAUUUGGCCAUUCCUUUCAGAGAUAAUUCUGAGCCUGUGGGAUAAUAGCAGGCAAUAGGUUGAUAGGGAAGCUAUCAAGACAGUUUUUCUGAAGCCUACAUUUUAUAAAUUAGUUUAUAGUGCUAAUAGAUUCCACAUACUGUAGGAGUUAGGUAGUAAACCAGUAGGGAAUGUUUUCUCCUAAAAAUUCAUACACUACUGCAUCAUCUACCACUUUUUAGACAAUGGAAUAGAAGAUGGUGAAUACAUAUGCUUACAGGUACUUGGUACUUAGACUGGGAAAACAAAGGACAGAAGUGGUUACUUGCCUGGAGGCAAGAUUUCUAAAUUGUUUUUUUAAAGAAAGCCCUUAAUCUUUCUGCCAAGGAUCCAUUUGAAGACAGUGUGCUGGAAAUUUUUAUCAUUUAUCUAUUUACAGAAAUUUAAUGAUAAGUAUGUUCUUUUUUCAAAGAAACUGUCCGAAAAUAAAAGUCUACAUACUACUUGGUCUACAUUUAAAGGAAAAAACAAGCAGUAUUUGAAAGCCUAAUUUCUGUCAUUGUCUCAUUUCAGAUAGAAGUAGCUGAAAAAGUUUUAACCUUGAGUAUGUCACGUUCUUUUUUUCAUCCAGUAUUUUUCUUCCAUGUGAAUUCGUUUAUACACUUAUAAAAAAACUUCUAAAAUGGCACCUUAUUUUUUUGGAAACGAAACUUCUAUUCUUUAAAGAAAAAACAUAAAAAGCAUUUACGAAGCUGCUCUUGAUAAUAGUUCAUGUUUGCAUAUAUAUCGAAAAUCUUAACGUUUUUUCCUCCUAAACAGUAUUUAAUAAAGUUAUUUUAAUGUUUCUGUAAAUAUUUCAUGUAUAAUUGUGUUCUGAAUUGUAAAAGCUUAAUUCCGCUUAAGUCUUUGAACUAGGGGAAAUAUGGCACACCCACUAAAUUGGGAUCAGCCAAUUAAGUUCACCAAAUGUAGUUUUGGAAUAACAUAACAGGUGACAUGUAUAUAAAUACUGUAUAUUGGCAUUUAUCUGUGAAAUUUUAUACAUCCAGAAGUUUCUUCUCCCUCUUAAAUUAAAAACAAUUUUAUUUUGGCCAUACUGUAAUGAAUUUUGUGUUGCAGGUUGUUGAUAGUAUAAAAUGUUACUAAAUCUGUGUACUAAGAUGAUAUUUUUGGUGUUAAUAGGAAAUAACAGGGUUAUUUUUCUUUCUUUUCCAUGAUCUUAUGGGUUAUAUUUAUUUUAAGAUCUCUUUAUAAUUAAAUGUUUUCUGCCAAAGGAAUUGUCUAAUACCAGAUUUCUACAUUGGGUUCAUACUUGCUGUUUUAUAAAAAAAUAAAAACAACUUCUGCAUUUUCAUAUGAAAUCUUGGUACAUUAGAAAAAAUUUCUGAAACUUUAUAAUAAAAUCACUUUUCAUCAAUGUAGAAUUUCCCUUGGGUGUUAAAAUAUAUGGAGUGUUGGGAUAUAUAAAAUAGUUUGGAAAAUGUACAGUCUACCAACAUUGUCUUGUAAUUUGGUAAUUUACAAAAUUACCUGAAUAUUAAAUAAUUACAAUAUUUAUCAAUUAGGAUUUUAAAUUAUUUGCAGAUACAUUGUCAUCUGAUUCUAUUUCAAGUAGUUGAUAAGUUGACCACAUAACAAAUUUCACUACAUUUUGAAGAUGAUUAUAAAGUUUCACCUUCCAAAAUUUUUAAAAAUUUAUUUUGAAUAUUAGAAAUAUUAUGGCUUAGAUCUUUUAAAAAGUUUUCAUUGUAAAAAUCAUAAGUGUCUGGUCUCUUCUAGGAGAGGAUUUAUUGAACUGUUAUGAGAAAGCUCAAGUUAUUUUUGUAAGUAAUAAAUUAUAAAUAAUAGAGCACCAA